GCGAAUUUUGUCCCUUCAAGCUUCAUCGUUUAGCUAGUUUUCUCGGAAAAGGAUAACCAUGUUCCCAGGAUCCAGCGACAGCCUCGUGUAAACUGCGUUUCUCACUGAUAUUCAUACUUGUUCUGCUCUCUAUGGGCUCUUUCGAUGAUUAUAAUCGCCAUGGGGGCUUUUAUCGUCCUGUCAAAGAUUUGAUGAGGCCCUGGACGCCUUCACCCUUUAGGCCAGCUGUGCCUUUGCCUUCUGCCAGUGACCAACCACCCCAAACACCUGUAAAGAUACCCCCAGUGCCGCCAUAUACUAUCAAAACGCGUUACUAUGACGUGAGAGCUCACGAGCGCAACAGGUUUGUUCGUCUGAUCAGACGUCUUUUGCGCCUCGACUACAAAGUCGUUAAGCGGAAGAUCCCUAUGUACCACCCUCUCGAGCUCGAUCCACCAGCGCCAAAAUAUCCUUCUGUUCCUUUAUCAGAUUGGAAAGCAUGGGGGUACUACGCGUGGCCUAGUGUUAACGGUGGUUUUGUCUGCAACCAAUCACCAGGUCCCAAAAUAUCUGUGGAAAUCGAUCCGGUAGAGAUGUACAACGCGCUGCAGAGUCCAAAGGGUGGGCACCAUCCUGAGCGAUGGAUCCCAGGCCAACGACUUCCCGGGCUCCCUCCUCGACCGACAAGAUGGAAACAGCCCCAACGAGGCGCACCACUUCCCUUUCCUUGGGAGUGCCAGCUCAAUCCGUGGCUCAUACACUCCAAGGAAGGGCUUAUUCCUGUAUUCUGGGAUAUCACUGCCGACGUCGAAAUAAUGAUGCUUAAUCUCGAUAAUAGCGUCAUAUUCCUUGGCAAGCCAGACAGAGCCCAGCCCGCGACAUGGCCCUUUGUCACACACCUGCUCAUAAAUGCGAUCAUGAUCAAUGGCAAGUACUUGAAUGGCUGGCCCAUUAUGAUCAUCAACUUGAACGGGAUUUGUUGUGAUGAUGUCUUUGUCGGGAUAUAUGAUACCUUCCAGCAGUACGUAUCUGGUGAAGAGUUUGAUAGCUGGCCUGCAGAAGUACAGGCAGCGGCUGAAAGCAUGCAUCGGAUUCGACGAGAUAAAAAUAUUGAACAACACGAGGAAACGGCUCUGCGUCGAUGUGACUACUUUGGACGCUACCACUUUUUCAACGGGCUGGAACUUAAUCCCGACAGGCAGGGGUGGAUUUUACACUUGAUAAAGUCCCGUUUUGAUAGGCUGCCAUAAUUCUUCGAAGAACUGCCGUCUGCUUCACUUUUCUGUUGUAUUUAAUGCAGUCUUGCGCACAGACUGUACGUGUGCUGCACUCCAGAGUAAAAAAGAAAAGAAGACAAGAAGAAAGAAGUAACCAUUAGUACCUUGCUACAUGACGCUGAGUACUGGCUUCUAUAGGGCUAAGCUUGAUGCGUGCUUCAAUCCGCUGUAAUUGCAUUAUAUAUCCCGAUCCAAGUUA